AAAAACCAUCUCUAAUAUCCCAAAAGUCUUUUAACAUUCUUUUUCUUUUGUGAACGAUACGUAACCAGCCAUGCUCUGGUUUAGAAAUUUUAUCAAAAUCUCGACAGCUACCAAAGCUAAGAGCCACAACACCACAAAUCUUAUACUAACUUCUUUAUCCCAUUUCAGCACCGCCGCCAACCAACCCCCAGUUGUGGCUGAGCCUCUAGGUCUUGGACCCACCAAGGCAGAUGAGAAACCAAGGGUGGUGGUGUUAGGCUCGGGUUGGGCUGGUUGCAGGCUAAUGAAAGGGUUGGAUCCCGAGCUGUACGACAUCGUUUGCGUUUCACCUAGAAAUCACAUGGUGUUUACUCCCCUCUUGGCUUCAACUUGUGUUGGGACUCUCGAGUUCAGGUCCGUCGCUGAACCCAUUGCCAGGAUUCAACCCUCCGUUUCUACAGCACCCGGCUCCUUUUUCUUUCUUGCCAAUUGUACUGCUUUGAAUACCGACAGCCAUGAGGUGCAUUGUGAGACUGUUACUGAAGGAGCUCAAACAUUGGAACCGUGGAAAUUCAAGAUUUCAUAUGAUAAGUUGGUGAUUGCAUCAGGAGCUCAGGCAUCUACUUUCGGAAUCAAUGGCGUAAAAGAACAUGCGGUUUUUUUACGUGAGGUUCACCAUGCUCAGGCAAUUCGAAGGAAGCUACUUCUGAACUUGAUGCUUUCCGAUGUGCCAGGGAUAUCUGAAGAAGAGAAACGUCGAUUGCUGCAUUGUGUUGUUGUAGGAGGAGGUCCUACAGGGGUUGAGUUUAGUGGUGAACUUAGUGAUUUUAUUAGGAAGGAUGUUCACCAAAGAUACACACAUGUAAAAGACUAUAUCAAUGUAACACUGAUUGAGGCAAAUGAUAUACUCUCUUCAUUUGAUGAUCGCCUCCGGAUCUAUGCAAUUAAGCAGUUAACAAAGUCAGGAGUUCGUCUUGUUCGUGGUAUUGUAAAGGACGUUAAACCUGCACAUGUAAUCCUCAGUGAUGGUUCAGAGGUUCCUUAUGGAUUGCUAGUAUGGUCAACCGGUGUUGGUCCUUCUCCUUUUGUAAACUCUCUAGGCCUUCCUAAAUCUCCUGGUGGAAGGAUUGGCAUUGAUGAGUGGCUUCGAGUUCCUACAGUGCAAGAUGUGUUUUCAAUAGGUGACUGCAGUGGGUUUCUGGAGAGUACUGGUAAACCAGUUCUUCCCGCUUUAGCACAGGUUGCAGAGCGACAAGGAAAGUACUUGGCAAACCUACUGAACAAAAUUGGUAAAAAUGGCGGGGGACAUGCUAACAGUGCUAAAGAAUUAGACUUUGGGGAUCCAUUCGAGUACAAGCAUCUAGGAAGCAUGGCAACUGUUGGCAGAUUCAAGGCUCUUGUUGACCUAAGACAGAGCAAGGAGGCAAAAGGGGUAUCUCUAGCAGGAUUCUUCAGCUUCUUUAUAUGGCGCUCAGCAUAUCUAACACGGGUCGUUAGCUGGAGGAACAGAUUCUAUGUGGUUAUUAAUUGGCUUACUACUUCUGUGUUUGGUCGUGACAUUAGCAGGUUAUAGAUUCUAACUUUGUAAGAGAGUUAACUUUGUUCAGUUGAUCCAAAUACUUGCACCCUAUUCCAUAAAUAAUACUAUUGAAUUUUUUUGUAAACAAAAUACUUGGUUAAAAUUUAGCCAAAUUGGAAAACUAUCGGGCACUGAGAUUCUCA